AUGGAGGAAAUCGUCAGAAACAAUAUGGAGGAAAUCGUCAGAAACAAUAUCGAGGAAAAAGUCAGAAACAAUAUGGAGGAAAUCGUCAGAAACAAUAUUCAGGAAAAAGUCAGAAACAAUAUGGAGGAAAUCGUCAGAAACAAUAUGGAUGAAAUCUUCAGAAACAAUAUGGAGGAAAUCGUCAGAAACAAUAUGGAGGAAAUCUUCAGAAACAAUAUGGAGGAAAUCAUCACAAACAAUAUGGAUGAAAUCGUCAGAAACAAUAUGGAGGAAAUCGUCAGAAACAAUAUUGGGGAAAAAGUCAGAAACAAUAUGGAGGAAAUCAUCAGAAACAGUAUGGAGGAUAUCGUCAGAAACAAUAUGGAGGAAAUCGUCAGAAACAAUAUUGAGGAAAAAGUCAGAAACAAUAUGGAGGAAAUCGUCAGGAACAAUAUGGAAGAAAUCAUCAGAAACACCAAUUAA